AUGAAUUCAUCACUAAACCCUCAGCGUAGCGCACUCCGUGCCCUGGAAACCAAACUCCUCCUCGAACUAUCCUCGGUCCGAUCUCAAUUCAACGAACUGAGCCUCAUAAACUCCCUGCUUCCCAACGAGAUCCUCUGUAUCAUAUUCCAUUUUUGCUAUAUCAUCCAUUGCACCGACUAUCCUCGUAAAAGCUGCCUUCCAUUCACCGAGGUGUGUCAUAAGUGGCGAAUGCUUUCCUUGGGGAUGUCAACCCUCUGGUCAACGAUUGACCUUUGCGACGGCCCGCACGCUACUCUUUGUCUCUCGAAGUUGGGAGAAAACGCGUUAGUUUCGUUGGUGGCGAGAACGCCUUCUGUGCAGUUUCAGGGGAGCCUUGAAUGGGUGAAGGGUAGGGUGAAGAAGAUCGAUGUGGUUCUGUUUCCGAACUGUGUGGUCAAACUUAUCAGAAGUCUAGCUAGGGACGAAGUGGGUUGUUGUAAAUUCGAAGGAAUGUUGGCUUCCCAUGACAUGUUCGGACACCGACAACAGCUCAGGCUAGAAAACGUUACGCAUCUCAACCUUCGUAUUCCAUCCGUUUCUGACCCGGUCGACCUUUCGUCACUUCAUGUAGGGUCAGUGUCGAAUUUGACUCUAUCGGGUGUUCGAGUCAAUUGGGCGUCCACGAGUUCUAAUCUGAAGGUCCUCAGCUUGAAUCACCUUCCAGUUCCCUACGCACCUACACUAGAAGAGUUUCUAGAGAUCUUCGAGAGAGCGAAAGACACGUUAGAGGAGGUGUAUUUGGAGGGUUUCUUUUCUCACUCUGGUCAUAGCCUUCUGUCUCCCGCGCUCGCAAAGAUAGAAACACCUCAUCUGCGGAAACUUUCCAUCUUGUCGAAAGACCGAGAGUUUUCGGAAUCAAUCGUUUCUGUCCUACGUUUCGACCCGGAUACGGACGUGUUCGUGCGGUUUAUGGGUAGGAGAUGGGCAGUCGUCGAAGGGGUAUUGGGUGACGUGGUGCAAGAGCAGCGGUUGGAGCCCUUUCCGGACAUGUUGAGUAUGAUAGGGUAUUAUUCACAGUGGCAGUGA